UCCGAUGUAUUAGGUUUUUGCAAAUAUGUUAUAAAUUUGUUAUUUGUAAUUUUGAUUCAAUUCUAUAUUCAAACCUCUGCGUUCUUCUCGAUCUCUUUAGUGGAACCAAAGUGAGGGAAAACUCUUGAAGCUCUAGCAUGGGCCUGCUAUCUCAUGUUAGGUCCACAUUUGUGGGAAAAUGUUGCAAAGGAAACUUUGGCAUGUCAAGAUUCCUGCAGUCGAAUGAUUUUCAGCACAAGUUGAUUUUAUCCAGUGGUAAAGAAUAUGAGCAUUUUAGCAAGAGGUCGUAUUCUUCCCCUUCUAUGACGCCUGGAACUGAGAGUACGACUGCAAUUACUAAAUUUAAGAUGCCAAAUAUAGGGAGUGAAGGCUUUGCCUUUUCAUCCUUUUUAUCAACUGUCAACAGAAAUUCAAGUAUGAUUAAUUUCAGUAGUUGCUUCAAAACCCCUGUGAAACCUGAACAGAUUGCUGCAAAUCCUGUCAUCCGUAAAAUGACUACUGGGAUGGAGAAGAUACCAAGGGCUUUAAGAUGGAUGUGUGGAGGCUUCCCUGCGAUAGCCUUUUGUGAUGCACCAGAACCGUGGCAAUUAGGAUUUCAAGAUGCGGCAACACCUAUAAUGCAAGGAAUAAUGGACUUACAUCACGAUAUCUUUUUCUUCCUUGUUCAAAUUGCGGUUUUUGUGUUGUGGGUCUUGUCUCGUGCUUUAUGGUGUUUCAGGUCUAAAAUUAGUCCAAUCCCACAAAGGAUUGUUCAUGGAACCACCAUUGAGAUUCUCUGGACCAUAUUUCCCAGUAUCAUCCUCAUGUUUAUCGCCAUACCAUCAUUCACUUUGUUAUACUCAAUGGACGAUGUUGUAGUUGAUCCUGCCAUUACUAUCAAAGCUAUUGGGCAUCAAUGGUAUUGGAGUUAUGAGUAUUCAGACUAUAACAAUUCGGAUGAGCAGUCACUUGCUUUUGACAGUUAUAUGGUUCCAGAAGAUGAUCUAGAAUUGGGUCAACUGCGUUUAUUAGAAGUUGACAAUAGAGUGGUGGUACCAGCCAAAACUCAUCUGCGUGUUCUGAUAACAUCAGCUGAUGUACUUCAUAGCUGGGCUGUACCUUCCUUAGGUGUGAAAUGUGAUGCAGUACCUGGUCGUUUGAAUCAGAUCUCUACUUUUAUACAACGAGAAGGAGUUUAUUAUGGUCAGUGCAGUGAAAUUUGUGGAACUAAUCAUGCUUUUAUGCCUAUUGUUGUGGAAGCUGUUUCUACUAAGGAUUAUGGUUCCUGGGUUUCCAAUCAAAUCCAAUAAUCUUGGUGGAGACAAUGACGACAUUGAUAUGGUGACAGAAGUAGCAGUGACAAGAAUUGCUGAUGGUCAGAUAAGACAAAUAAAAUUAAGUAUUUUUCAAUGAGUAUUUCGUAUUUGAACCAAAGAAUUGUCUCAGCAACAGAAUUAAGUUUGUCACUGUCUAUUUGCACUUGGUUUGUGUCCCAUUUUAUUUUGUUAUAAAAUAAUACCUGAAACAGUGUAUUUUUGUUAUGUGCCAUACUUUUUUUUUGAGAAAUUAAAUGCAUACAUAUUUAUUUGUUGGGAA